AUGAAAAUGAAAAUAUUCCCGAUUAAUGCUGUUCAGAGCAUAAACCCAGAGACACUAGAAAAAGUGCUGGACACAACAGAAGAAGUCAUUAUAUUUGACAAGGUAUAUAAGAGGUACCAGAUGAGAAUAGAUGAGCCAGCAGAAGUGUUCAUAGAGGAAGGAGAAACUAACCUAUUUCUUACGUUUAUGAAGGAUCUUGGGGUAAUUGGAUGA